GGUGAUUACGACUACAAUGACGCAAACAACUACUCCACCCACUAUGUUGAUGAAUACAACCCAAAGGGUUUGAGAGUCCCAACUGACGAAGAAUCUCAAUCCCUCAGAAGGAUUUUGGGUAGAGCUUCUUAUGCUUCUUACUUGAUCUGUUUGUGUGAGUUGGCUGAAAGAGCCUCUUACUAUUCGGUCCAGGGUAUCUUGUCUAACUUUAUUCAAAGACCUAUGCCUGAAAAUUCCCCUCACGGAUGGGGUGCACCAGCUGACAGAAACUCGAAUGUUUCUGCCGGUGCUUUGGACCAAGGUCUUCAAGCUGCUAACGCCCUUACCCUUUUGCUUACUUUCCUUGCUUACGUUGUACCAUUAUAUGGUGGUUUCAUUGCCGAUACCAAGAUUGGUAAGUUCAAAGCUAUUUGGGUUGGUGUUAUCGCUGGUUUUGUUUCUCACGUUUUGUUCGUUAUCGCAGCUAUCCCAUCUGUCCUUAAGAACGGCGGUGCUGCUUUGGCUCCAACUGUGCUUGGUAUCAUUACUUUAGCUUUCGGUACUGGUUUCAUCAAGCCAAACUUGUUACCUCUUCUUAUGGACCAAUAUAGAGAACAGACUGAUGUUGUCAAAGUCUUGCCAUCUGGUGAAAAUGUUAUUAUCGAUAGACAAAAGACUUUGGAAAGAAUGACUUUGAUUUUCUAUUGGGCGAUUAACAUUGGUGCUUUUUUCCAAUUGGCCACUUCUUAUAUCGAAAGAGAUGUUGGUUUCUGGUUGGCUUUCUUCAUUCCCAUAAUCAUAUACUUGGUUUUGCCAAUUGUCUUGGUUUUCUUGCAAUCUAGAUUGGUCAGAGAUACUCCACAGGGUUCCGUCCUUGAAAACGCUUGGAGAGUUACAAGAGUCACUUUCUCUAAAGGGUGGAUCGGUAGAUGGAGGAAUAACACCUUGUGGGAGUACGCGAGGCCAUCCGUCAUGCUUGAAAGAGGAAGAGAAUUUUACAAUGAAAAUACAAAAUCUCCAAUCACUUGGGGUGAUCAAUGGGUGUUGGACAUCAAGCAAACUGUCAACUCUUGUAAGAUUUUCAUCUACUUCCCAAUCUUUAACUUGGCUGAUAGUGGUCUUGGUUCUGUCGAAACUUCUCAAGCUGGUGCCAUGACCACUAACGGUGUUCCAAACGAUUUGUUCAACAACUUUAACCCAUUGACCAUUAUUAUCUUGAUUCCAAUUCUUGACUACCUUGUCUACCCUAUGUUGAGAAAGUAUAGAAUUGAAUUCCGUCCAGUUUGGAGAAUUUUCCUUGGUUUCAUUUUGGCUGGUUCUUCUCAAAUUGCCGGUGCAAUCAUUCAAUGGAAAAUUUACAAGACUUCACCAUGUGGUUACCAAGCUACUACUUGCUCUGAAGUGUCUCCAUUGUCGGCUUGGCAAGAUGUUUCUUUGUACAUUCUUUCUGCUGCAGGUGAAUGUUUUGCUAAUACUACUGCUUACGAAUUGGCCUACACUCGUUCUCCUCCUCACAUGAAGGGCCUUGUUUUGGCUUUGUUCUUGUUCACUUCUGCCAUCUCUGCUGCUCUUUCACAAGCAAUCACUCCAGCUUUGAGCGACCCACACUUGAUCUGGCCAUUCGCUGGUAUUGCCAUCGCAACUUUUGUUGCCGCAUUCGUAUUCGUCUAUCAAUUCAGAAACUUGCACAAGGAAAUGGAAGAGGAAAGGAUUCUCAGAGAAGCCUUUGAUAAAUCUGAGAGAAGUAAUCUCAUAUCGCACGGUGGAAUUGAAGAUGACAACAACUUGCAAGCAGUUACAUCCAUCAAGUCUGCCGUUGGUAAGUAA